AUGACUGUCAAUCCAGAAGAGUUUGAUGACAUCUUCUCACUCAUUUGUCAAGAUUCACUCGAACAUUUUGCACUUUUCGACUCGUGGGAAGUCGGCAAGGCAAUGUUUGCUGUGAUCAUCGUGUACUGUAACGCGACGAUGGAGGAGAAAGUCCCAUUUCUAUUUGAUCUCUUCGAUUUCGACCAUUCCAAGAUGAUAUCACAAGACGAACUGGUUCUACUGAUGCUUUGCACGACUAGAGGGCUCUGUAAAGUGGUCGGUAAGCCCAGACCAGCUACAGACAGUCUUGAAGUCCUUGCUACUGACGCUUUCUCGCGCAUUGAUCGGGAUCAGAAUGGCAGAAUUUCACUUGACGAACUUUCUGAGUGGAUAGUACACGAGCGAACAGUGAUGACUUAUCUUGCAAAAUUCGCGAAUACUCGAGUAAUUUACGAGAACCAAGUGCAGUACGACUUGAUGCUGAAGGAACUAUCUACUGCAUUCCUGAAUUUUGCCGAACCGGAAAAAGAUAAACUGAAAUUCCAGUGCUUCGAAGAGAUCUGUGAGGAAAUGAUCCAGCGCUACUUCCCCGCAGCUGGGAAACACGAAAUCAAUUUCUUACUGCAGACAAUGAAGGAAACUAUGAAAAAUACGCGGUCACUCGUAAAAUACGGAGAAAGCAACGUUUCAGACAAUGCGAUCUCCAUGGACGCGUUCUUUCUCGUUCUUUCACCAUUUAUCGCGUUCCUCGCUGCUGAUGAUGAUGGAGAAGACUCGAUCAAUAUCAAAGAACUAAAAAUUCUGCUUUGGCUUAUGUUUGGGUCGGAACCGAGCUCAAAAAUGGUCGAGAAUUUCAUAAACGCGUUGGAUAGCAACCACGACGGCGCUCUCAACGCGAUGGAGUGGGUCUCGUAUGCUCUUGAGACCAAUAAACAGACCGGAAGCCAACGCCAUUUUGACUCUACCAGAACUUCAACGGUGGUCUGA